AUGUCAUGGCGCGCGCGGGUGCUAGCGCGGCGCGGCCUCCGCCGAGGUCACACGUCGCGGCCGUUCUCGCUCGCGGACUUGGCUGACGCCGUGCGGGGCGAUCAUGAUGAAAAUGUAUACAUGGACGUGGACGUAUUCGACAACCUCGUCGCUCGCGGCGGACCAGCACGAGCUGUCAUCAAUGCACGACUGGCGCCAGCACCUCCACUGGCAACAGCACUAAUCUGCCUGGACACGGGCUCCCAGACUACAUUCGACCAACUAUCGAGUCUAGAUCUUUCAACCUCACCGACUUACAAGGGAUAUGGCUCUCAGACUAUCGGUUUGGAUGUAGGCUCUCGAACUACGUUUGGCCUGGGCGCAGGCUCUCCGACUACAUUUAGCCUGGACACGGGCUCCCCGACUACAUUUGGCUUGGACGCGGGCUCUCCGACUAAGUAUAGCCUGGACGUAGCCUCCCAGACUAUGCACAUGUGUAAGCUAAGGCUAAGGCUAGAAACAGAUGUGGAGCCGAUGCAAGAGAUUUCGGUGUGGUUCGACGAACAUACUUUGGCGCAGAUCGAUAUGCCGUUUCUUACGUUAAGGAAUAUUACAGGCAAGAACAACUACACGUGUCACGAAUGCGGCGCAGAAUUCGAGCACCCCAACUCCCUGAAGAUCCACCUUUUUCUGUCCUGUCGGUCCUUCGAGCCGGAUUUGUUCUGGGGGACGAUAUUUCGGCGGCUCCGGGCGACGGCACCGACUCCGGCGAGAUUGGAAGCCCUAGCGGCAGCCUGGGGCCGCUCUAGGGCGGGCCACAUCUGCAUGUAUUGCGGGAAGCUGUACUCGAGAAAGUACGGCCUCAAAAUCCAUAUUAGAACGCAUACAGGUUACAAGCCGCUGCGGUGCCGUCACUGCGCGCGGGCUUUCGGCGACCCCAGCAACCUCAACAAGCACGUGCGUCUACACGCGGCGGACGCGGCGUACGCGUGCGCGCUGUGCGGCAAGCGCCUAGCGCGACGCCGCGACCUGCAGCGACAUCUGACCUCGCACCACGCCAGCUGA